AUUUUGAAAUUUAGAUAUGUAAUAGAUAUCUCCUGAGGUCGAGUAACAUCUUUCUGAAUUAUUAAAACCUGUUCUUGAAAGAGUAGAAGAAUUAAAAAUAAGGGAUCAAUAAAAUGAAGAUUAAAUCAAUUCUCUAAUUCAAGAAUUGAGUUAAUUAAAGUAAUUAGUGAGUUCACUUAAGCCAUUAAAAUAAGAAGAAGAAAAAAGUAUAAUUAAUAAUAAUUUAAUUAGAAUAAGUAAAGUAAGAAUAAAAGAAAGAUAAUAAUGGAAAUCAUGGUAAAAAAUAUUAUAAUAAAUUCAAUUUAAUUAGAAAAUAAAAAAUAAGAGCGUCCAAUAACUGCUGUUGUUUAAAAGAAUGAACAAAAUAAAGUAAAAGAGCCUAGACCUUAAACUGGUUAGAAACCUUUAAGCUAAAGUGUAAUUGUAGAUAAGACAACAACAAAUGAAGUUGAAAAAGGUAUAGUAAUUAAUAAAAUAUAGUGCCUUUGAAAUCACCUAGAGAUUCAACAUAAAAAUAACCAAAACCUCAAGUAUAACCAUAAUAAUAACCUCCAUAAAUAAAAGCAAAACCUUAAAAAUAAACUGAUUAAAAAGAUACAAAAGAUUAAAAAGAAUAAAAAGAACCUAAAUAAUAAGCAUAAGGUAAUAUUAAUAAAUAUUUUAAUAGAAUAACCUUAAAAGUAAGGAUAACCCUAAAAAGAUGAAAAAAAAGCAGAUAAACCAAAAUAAAAUAAAUAAAAUCCUCCAGUGUAGCAUGAGAAAACUGAAAAACCAAAAGAAGCACCAAAAAAGGCAGAUAAACCAUAAGAUUAAAAAACUAAUGGCUCAUCAAAAAAUCAAACUAAAACAAAUGAAAAAAAACCAGAAAUAAAAUAAGAUGAUAAGAAAAUAGCUAAAAAAGGAAAAUAACCAACCCCUUAAACUGGAGAUUAAUAAUAAACUGACGAAUAAUUCUAAUAAUAAUAAUAAACUUCUUAAGUAAACUAAGAAUAACAUUCUGCUGAGAAAUCAUCAAAAGAAAAUAAUUCAGAAUAAAAUGAAUAAUAAUAAGAAAAUCAUUCAGAUAAUAUAAAUAAUGGACAAGAUGUUGAAAAACACUCAGAAGAAUAACAUUAAGAGGAAUAAAACCAAUUCUAGAAUCAAGAAUAAAAAGAAGAUUAACAUAUAGAGAAUUAAGAUUUAGGUCAUGAUUAAAAUAAUGAAGAACCAUAAGUCUAAUAAUAAGAAGUAGUUUGAGCAUAUAAAUAUUAAAAGUGGAA